UCAACCAGCGAUCUUUUGUCUUUUGGUUUAACUCUCCUUUUCCGCUGCUGUGUCCACAUGCCGCCGCUGAAAAGCGCGUUGCCAUGUGUAAACAUGGACUCUGAAAAGAAGACCGAGAUCUUGCACGACCUUCAGCUGAGAUACCGUCAUAGCAUCCAUGAGUGCGAGCUUUUGAUUAAGGACGAGGAAGCGCGUCGGGCUAAGCUGCGCGGCAUGUUGCUCGGAGAUGAGGCGACAUCCCUGAAAGAACAGUUGGCGAAGAGAGAUUCACGCCUAAAGGAGCUGGUCGACGCAGUCGAAGACACACGCAUUCAACUAGAAGGCGCGCAAGAAAGGUGCCGCAGGCAGGAUAUCCUCGUGGCCUCGCAGGCCCGCCAAAUUGCCGAUCUCAAGGACGAGCUUUCCGCGUUCAACGCCGUGUCUCAGGACUCGGCCAAGAUUUUGUCCGAAAAGCUUGCUCUCUCUCGCGAAGUCGCCAUUCUCAAGCCGGAGAUAGAACAUUUACGAUCCCAGCUUGCGCAUCAGAAGGAUGUGCUUGCCGAAAAGUUGGCCUUGGAGCGCCAGCUCAACAUGCUGGAAGUCGAGCUUGCCAAUGAGAAACGGGCUAUGCAAAAGAUAACACAAAGACAGGAUCUUGGGCAGCAGGAUGAGGCAGAUCUGCGUAAGCAAGUUCAAGAGCUGGAAAAGCAAUUGGCGGGUGAGAGAAGGCUCGUCGAGAAAGUCAGGAAAGAGCACGAAGGGACGAACCGCCAAGCCGAGGAGGAAUUGACAUUGCUUCGUGAGCGACUGGCAGCGGCAGAGAAGAGCCUUGCGGCUGAAAAGCGCAGGGCUGAACAGGCACAAACCAAAACUGGCGCCGCGUCACAGAUGCAAGAGGAGAUAGAACAGCUUCGAGAGAGCCUUGAAGAGGCUCAAACGGCGCUUAGUGCCGAGAGGCGCGCCGUGCAGAAGCAGGCAAAGACCCAAGCCAGCGGGACUUCGGCCGCUGAGGAAGACAUCACAAAACUGCGGCAAGAGCUGGCUGAGGCUAGGCAAGCCUUAAUGAACGAGAAAAAGGAACAGGAAAAGCUGCGAAAAUUAAGCGAGCAGGCCCAGACCGACGCUGAAGAUCGCCAGCAAGCCCUGAGUGACAGAGUGGAGAAGCUUCGAAGCAAGCUGAGGGAGACGCGCGAGGAGCUCGAAAAGUGCCGGGCCGAGUUGGAUAAAGCGCAAGACAGGACAUCCAAAAUUUCUACCGUUUCUACGACCACAGUGCCGCUUAAGAAGCCGGGCGCGAAAGGGAACGCUAAAAAGAAGCGGGCUCCUGAUGAGAUGAACAUGGACGACAAGGUCCUCCUCACGCCAGGCAACAUGGAUGACCGGCCGAAACGCCCUCUUAAGAAGAGGGGUAUCGACCUGUCCAUGGUCACGGAGAAGUCCAACUUCUCCAUCACCCCGUUCCUUAACAAGACCGCCACCAUCACCGACACCUCGCCCAACCUGGCCGGCGAGGACAAUACGCCAGUGCCCCGAGCCCGGGCCGCUACCGCUACCGCCGCUCGCGACAGCGAACCAGACCCAGCCAACACAGCCGAGGAAUCCGAACCACCCAAGGACCCCGCUGUAAAAGCUACCGUAGCUGGCAAGACUCUUGUGGAGAAGAAACCGCGCGGCCGGCCACGGACAAAACCGCUAGCCGACUCUUCCGCUUCAAAGAAGAAUCUGACCUCACGGCCAGUCAACAAAGCCCCGCGCGCCGAGCCGACCCUGGAACAGGUUGCCGAGGAGCCCGACGAUGACAGCGCCGGUCAAGAAGACCAGGAGAACCGCUCAACAGAAGGCAGCACCAAGACCGACAAGACAACAGCAGCAACCGCCCCAGCCGAGCCCAAGAAGAAAAAGCGCAAGCUCCUCGGGUCCAACGCCCCAGCCACCCUGUUUGACAAUGAUGACGAGGGUGAGCGGGUGAAGGCUUCUGCUUCUUCUGCAGCUGCCGCCGCUGGUGCGGCUGGAAUCUCCUCCAAGCGGCCGCCAUCCGUAAAAGCUGCCGCUGCCGCUGCCGCUGCCGCUGCGGAUGGAGAGGCAGCGGGAGGCGCUGCUGCCACCAAGGCUGCUGCUGUGGCCAAGACGGUGCCUGGUCGUGCGGUUGGCGGUGGGGUAGGCGGCGUCAAGAAUGCCUUUGGCGCUGGCAAGACGUUUUCGCCGCUGAAGAGGGACCGGAGGGGCGUGGGUGCUACCUUCUUGGCUUGAUGGCACUAACGCUUUGCCUUACUUACCUGGGUAAGGGAUAGGCUGUCGUGAGGCUUUGGGGUGUAGUUGUAUUGUACAGUAGCAUGUUCGGGUUGGGAUAGGGUGAUUGCUGGUGGGUGCAGGUUGGGCUUGGGUGGUUGCAUUGUUCGGCGUUUGCGGAUUUUGUUCGUUUAGGUUUUGUGCUUUGGCUGGCUUGGUCUGGUCUGAGGUUGGGCUUAGGCUGGGGGCGUCGCUUCUGGUUUUGUCACUCUUACUGUUCAUCAAUAUGGAGGUCCGUCUACCAAAAUGUAUUCCAUCGGUUGAUUGUCCCCAAGAUUGGUGACGCGUUAUGGUGGGUACUUGUACCUGCCCGGUUGAUACUUGGGCUGUGGCUCGAGUCUGCUAGAGCUUGCUUGAAGGCU